ACUUUUAAAACGACCCAAAACGUAAAAGGUUUGUUCCUUAUUAGUUUUUUGCACUUUACAGAUAUAUUCACAUAGACCUCCGUAUAUUCAUACACUAGGAUGUCGGGUACUGAAAUUGUUGAACUCUCCCAAGAGGAAAUGGAUGCAGUUAUCUAUGAUGCUAGAGAAGGUGACUUGGAUACCUUGAAAGAAAUAUUCGAUGAAAUAUCCCCUUCAUUACUACUCAAAAUCAAGGACGAUAUAACUUUGAGUACUCCCAUUCAUAUGGCCGCAGCAAAUGGCCACCUCGAAGUGUUGGACUACUUGUUAUCUAUUGUUUCUAAAGAAGAUGCCCAAAUCUUGGUUAACGCACCAAAUGAAAGCGGAAACACCUCAUUACAUUGGGCCGCAUUCAAUGGACAUUUAGAAGUACUCAAAUUGUUAACAGAUAAGUACGAAGGGGAUGUGUUUGCCAAAAAUCUGGCUGGGCGUGAUGUUAUGUUCGAAGCUGAGAACAACGAUCAAGAGGAAAUCGAACAGUGGUUCUUGAAAAAGUACUCGGUCGAAAGUGACUUUAAGGUGGAAGAAGGGGAAGAAGAAUCCAAGAUUACAUACGCUCCUGGAAGUGAAAGUAAAGAAGCAGAGGAAAGAGCUAAAGAAGCAGAAGAAAGAGCUAAAGAAGCAGAACAAGAAGACUCUAAAGGUCUCGCUACCAAAAUCAAAAACUUGUCUGUUUCAUAAAUCACUCCAAUAUCACCAAGCAUUUCUCAUCCGUUUUACCUCAUUUCCCCCUUGUAUACUACAUAGAAGAUAAAGCCCUUUACACAAUAAGUUUCCAUGCUGUAACC